AGAGAGAUCUCAGUUAUGGCGUAAAAUUGUUACGUUGAGUGUAGGAGGUUGGACCCAAGAUGCAGAAAUCCCCAGAACGACUCAAGGCAGGAGAGGUCUUAAGAAAAUAAUUCCUUCAUUAAGGAGGAUGUGCAAGAAAUCCAAAGCACAAAAAUAAGAUUAAGUUCUCAAAGGCUAACUGAAUGCUCAAAAAAUAAACAAAAGCUCACAUAUGAGCACAAACUCGGAAAUACUCGAGAGGGGAGCGACCAACGUAGACACAUAUGACAAUGAACCAACAAACACGGAGGGACAAGACAGGGCUUUUAACACAGAGGGGAGCAAUCAGGGGAACAGGUGACAGGUGUGAGGAGUGAGGUCUGGAGGGAGGACAAGUGCCAUUAAUAUAACUAAAUGGGGGGAAGAACUAAAGCAGAGGGGAAGAUAAACCAUCAUCUCAAAAGUGCUAAAUAACUAAACUUAAAGACUAAGGACAAAAAGAUAAACAACUAAUGACUGGCGGGGUGAGGAGAACUAAUACAAACCACGAACUAUAAGGGAGUGACUAGGAGGAGACAUGAGGGAAGCCUAAAGAGAGCUGGGGAACACAAGAAGACGCUUGAGGAGAACCUGAGGAAGAACAGGAGGGGGCUGGGGACCAAGGGGACACAAAGAUGACAAAAAUAACUGAGAUGGAAGUGAAAAUGACAAAAAAAGACACUAAGGGGAAAAAAAACCUUAAUGAUUGAAGUUACAGCAAUUUUCCCUCCAUAAGAAACAAACACUGGAGUUACAAAACAACUCUCAUGAUUAAUUCCAUGCUGUAGUUCUUUUUUAAAACACAGAGCAGUUUUGUUUACCUGUUUUACCGCUAUGUAAAACAGGUAAACAAAACUGCUCUGUGUUUAAUAAAAAGAACUACAGCAUGGAAUUAGAGAUACAACACAGCAAGAACACACCUAAGAAACUCAUGUUAGUUUUGUGUCUCUUGCGGGUUCUCUUCUGUAUAAUCCCCAGAUUACAUCUAUUUCUAGUAGAAUGCUACUAAAUGUUUCAGUGAAUACUUUCUGUGGUAUAUCUUCCACUGUUCUCGAAAUGCAAAUAUUGAGAAAAGAACUUUAUAUUUUCAUCUGAUACAUAAUUUUAAUUUUUUAUCUUUCGGCUGCCUCAUUUUCCUAUCAUCGAGUGUCACUCACAACAGAGCAGGAGCUCCGAUGGUCUCCUCUCACAUGCAGAUGGAGGAAAGUCUCUGAGUUUGAAUUGAAGACCACAGCUUUGCCUCGCUAUGUGCUCAAUUUGCUGCAUCAAAUGUUUGUUUGUUUUCUUCAACUCUCUGUUCUUGGCAUCUGGAAUCGUCCUCAUCACAAUUGGAGCCCUGCAGUACUCCAUUUACAUGCAGGUCGGCACCUUUGCAGGAAGCGGUUUGUCUAAAGUUGCCAUAGUCCUCAUUGCACUAGGCGUCACCAUCGCUUUGGUGUCCCUUUUGGGACAUUUUGGUGCUUUUCUUGAUAAUUCCUCCAUGGUGGCUUGCUUCAUCUGCAUCCUGAUAGUGAUCAUCCUUUUGGAGAUCCUCAUCGGAGCAGCAUUUUAUGUCUUUCGCAGCAGGGUGAGUUCUCUGCAGAUGAACAGCGGGAUCAACACCAAAGCACGGAUGGUGAUCAAUGAAUAUGACCCAAAACACAAACACGCCAUCGACAGAAUUCAGGAAAAGUUCCUCUGCUGUGGUGCAGACACUUACACCGACUGGUCCAGAAGCGUUGGCUGGAGGAAUCCCGAUGCUGUGCCAGAUUCCUGCUGCAAGCAGAAAAAGGAGAGCUGUGGACAGAGCAAAGAGAACGUGCACACCAAGGGAUGUACUGGAGCUAUCAAACUCUUUCUGCUGAAGAAUCUGGUGUGGGUCGGCGGUGUCUGCAUUAAUCUUGGAGUCACAGAGAUCUUUGGAAUAUUAGUUGGUGUGUGUUUGUGUCUGGAUAUAAAACAAAGGCGCUAUGAAGACAUCUACUCAUCACAAUGAUCAUCAACAACAGCUGUUAAAUUAUUAGUCUGCCACAGCAGAUCAUCUUUCAAUGUGUUCUGCAAAUGAUUAUGUGACAAAACGCAUGAAAACAUCCUUGAUCAUUUAAAAUUCUUUGGUUUGAACUAUUCCAGCAAAGCAUCUAAAUAAGAAAAGUCGUGUGUGACACAUGUACACGUUAACACAUCUGCAAUAGUCUCACAUUUGAAUUUCCUCCUUUGUGUAAUUAUAAUUAACUCUUUGGGAUUCGUGAUUGGUUGA